UUGACAUAAUUAUAUUCAUAAAUGAAAAUCUGUUGGCAAAUUUUCCUCCUCAAUAUUAUAUAUUUAUAAAUCGAGUGAAUUUUUUUUAUUUAAUUUCUCUCCUGUGAGUUGAAAAUUUUAUUCGUAGGACUUGGAACACGUCAGGUUAAACGAAUCGUUGGAGAUUCGCUGAAUCAGCCUCCGGGAGUUGCGAACAAAAAAGAAAUGGCGAAUUUUUCAAAACAAAAGAAAAAUAUUCUCCGAGAUAAUUUCACGAGCAUUUUCUUCAAAAAAAGCAUUCAAUCUAAAUCACUCAAACCUUGAUAAUAAUUGAAACUAUGAAAUAAAAUGUCCUCUUCUGUUCUUAUCGUCUUUGCUCGUCAUCAAUGCACUAAAAAUGAAAAUUUACAAAAAUCAUCAAAUUUUUAUUCGACAAACUAUUUUCUCUUAUUUUUGACAUGAAAGUGAAUUUAUAUUUAACUAUUCUAUGUAUGUUUUUGAUUCAAAGUUUUGAUUCACAAGAGUCGUCGUCGAUGAAGAUGCGAAUCAGAGGUCAAAAAAUAGGAAGUAAAGAAAAAGAAUCAAAUUUCGCAAAAUUGAAUUUUUUUCCAAAGAGAGAAAUCAAAAUUCUGAGGGAAAAAUUGGAAUUGAAAAGAGAAGUGAGAAAUAAUUACAAUAUUAAUAAGGAAAGAAAUUAUUUUCCAAAAAAGAGAAAAUGCGAAAGAAUGUGUGAGAAAUAUGGGAAAAUGUCCAGAGACGCAAUUUGGGUUCAGUAUCCAACGAAUUUCGAUCCAAUACCAAUAACACUGUUAAAUUGCGAUCGCAAUUGGAAUAAAUUUAUAAAUCCCUUAAUCGGCGGCGGUGUUGGUGCAUUAUUCGGUGAAUUCCCCCACAUGGCAAUAUUAGCCCAUCGACAAUUGAACAGCAAACUGCAAUUUGCCUGUGUGGGGAGUUUAAUUUCGGAAAAAUGGAUCCUAACGGCAGCUCAUUGCUCGUAUAAAAUUUUCAUUAAAACAGCCGUCGUCUAUCUUGGUUCAAAUCGUCUAAUGGACACCAAUGGUGGUCAAGUAUUUUUCGCCAAACAAUUAAUUAUUCAUCCGGCGUAUCAACCACGUUUGUCCUAUGCGGACAUUGCACUCGUCGAAUUGGACAGAACGGUUCAAUUUGGAUUGAACCUGAAACCGGCUUGUCUGCAAUUUGAUAAAGAAAAUGAGGCAAAACUGAUGGCUACUGGUUGGGGUACUUCUCAAUAUGGAGGAGAAUUGAGUGUGAAUUUACUCAAAGCACAACUCGAUGUUAUUGACAAUGUGAAUUGUUCGACGAUGUAUAAGAAUUCGAUAAAUUUACCCUGGGGCAUUGUUGACAGUCUUUUGUGCGCUGGUGAUCCGACUGGAAAUUGGGAGAAGGACACUUGCUCCGGUGAUUCGGGAAGUCCGCUUCAAAUUAGAAAUAUUGAUAAUUGUCUUUUUAAAAUUAUUGGCAUUACAAGUACGGGGAAAUUUUGUGGUGUUGAUGCAAUUCCGGGAAUUUAUACUCGUGUCGCUGCUUAUGUCAAUUGGAUCGAGGAAAUUGUUUGGCCUCAUUUUUUUUAAAAUAAAAAAAAUAAAAGGGAGUUCAAAUAUAAUCUUCAUCGUCUGAAUAAUAUUGAACGAUUUUUCAAUUUACGUUGACGAAACUUAUUAAAUAUUUUAAUCAAAUAAAGCUUAUACCUGCUAUCUGUAUUUAACUUUACGAAAAGUAUAAAAAAAAAAAUCAAUGACUAAGAUUUAAUGUAUAUUUAAUAUAUUUAAUAUUUUAACAGCAAUUGAUUAAUACAAAAAACCAUCUUAUAUUUAAGUCCUUAUAUCUAAAACUAAAUUAUUAAAAACUAUUUUUAGUUUCACAGAAUAACAUAUCACAAACUUUAA